AUGAUCGCGGAACUUGACAAGGCCUUGUAUGGUCUUCGAGAGUCUCCAUUGCUCUGGUACAGUGAGAUCUCCAGGCUCAAGGAGGCAGGGAUUGGCCGUACGGAUGAAGAACCUUGCGUGUUUACCAACGGCAAAACAUAG